GCUAUUCGUGUUCCCACCUGUAGAGUGUCUGGGAAUCAAAACAAAAAUCUUCUGGAAAGUCGUCCUAGAUUUUAACAGAAAGCUAACCCACCUAAAACCGAGAGAGCUAGCACAGUUGAUCCCAAGUGUUAUUUGAAUCAGGUUUAACAUCUGAAUUUCGCUUAAUUAGAUGUAUUUCAUCAUGGGAGUUUCUCAAAAGUUUCGCUCUUUCUACAACUUUUUCUGCUCCGUUUUCGUGGCAUAGCUGGAAAGCUAACUGCUGUUUGUUGUAGUAAAUGUUAGCCUAGCAUUGCUCUCCCCACACAAAAGCCCUGCCUCUUCUCAGAGUUGUUGGACACCAGAAGUUUAAAACUUUACUAAGCGCUUUUUGACCGAAACGUCUUCAAAAUGUCUAUCCUCGGAUUAAAGAAGAAGCAGCCAAAGACUUUUAAAGUCAAAGUUAUCACUAUGGAUGCUGAAAUGGAGUUUAGCUGCGAGGUCAAGUGGAAAGGUAAAGACCUCUUUGACCUGGUAUGUCGAACUGUUGGUUUGAGGGAGACCUGGUUUUUUGGACUCAGGUACACAGUAAAGGAUACCUAUGCCUGGCUAAAACCAGACAAGCGGGUCUUGGACCAGGAGGUUCCUAAGGACUCUCCCAUAACAUUUAAUUUCCUUGCUAAAUUUUUCCCGGAAAAAGUAGAAGAAGAGCUGGUUCAAGAAAUUACUCAACACCUCUUCUUCUUACAGGUAAAAAAACAGAUAUUAGAUGAAGAGAUAUUCUGCUCCCCUGAAGCUUCAGUUCUGUUGGCAUCAUAUGCCGUCCAAGCUAAGUAUGGAGACUAUGAUCCAAACUUCCAUAAACCAGGCUUCCUGGCACAAGAUGAGCUUUUGCCAAAAACAGUUGUGAUGCAGUACCAAAUGACAGCAGACAUGUGGGAGGAGAAGAUCACAGCUUGGUAUGCUGAGCACAGAGGCCUCGCCAGAGAUGAAGCUGAGAUGGAAUACCUAAAGAUUGCUCAGGAUCUUGAGAUGUAUGGUGUCAGCUACUUUGAAAUUACUCAAAAUAAGAGGGACACAAACCUGCUACUUGGAGUUGAUGCCCAGGGUCUUCACAUCUACAGCCCCAACAGCAAACUGACCCCUAACAAGUCCUUUCCUUGGAGCGGCAUCCGUAAUAUCUCCUAUAGUGAAAAGGAGUUCACAAUCAAACCUCUGGACAAGAAGAAAGAUGUUUUCAAGUUCUACUCUUCUCAGCUGCGUGUCAACAAGCUGAUCCUGCAGUUGUGCAUUGGGAAUCAUGAUUUGUUUAUGAGAAGGAGGAAGGUGGACUCAAUUGAAGUGCAGCAGAUGAAAGCUCAAGCCAAAGAGGAAAAGGCCCGCAAGAAGAUGGAGCGCCAGAUCCUGGCACGGGAGAAACAGAUGAGGGAGGAAGCCGAACGGGCAAAAGAGGAAAUGGAAAGAAGACUGUUCCAGCUGCAGGAUGAGGCACGACUGGCUAAUGAGGCACUGCUGCGAUCUGAGGAGACGGCAGACCUGCUGGCAGAGAAAGCUCAGAUUGCUGAGGAGGAAGCGAAGCUGUUGGCCCACAAAGCUGCAGAAGCUGAGCAGGAGAGGCAGAGGUUAGAGGUCGCAGCCAUGAAGACCAAGGAGGAGAAGAGGCUCAUGGAGCAGAAGAUGAGGGAGGCAGAGCAGCUGGCUGUAAAACUGGUGGAGCAGUCUGAGCGGAGGUUGAAGGAAGCUGAUCACCUGAAGCAGGACCUGACUGAGGCAAAGGACGCUGAGAGGAGAGCCAAGCAGAAGCUGCUGGAGAUCACCAAAACAACCUACCCCCUCAUAGCAGCUUAUUCUGCUCCCCCUGCUCCUCCUGCUCCUCCUGAAGCAGCCGACUUUGCCUGUGAGUCACCACCAGCACGCCUCGACUUCAAGGACUCUGACAUGAAACGACUCUCUAUGGAGAUUGAGAGAGAGAGGCUGGAGUACAUGGAGAAGAGCAAACAUCUUCAGGACCAGCUGAAGGAGCUCAAGUCUGAGAUCGAGUCUCUGAAGCUGGAGGAGCAGCAGCAGCAACAGGCCAGCCUCUACAACAUGCACAGUGAGGCGAGGGGGUACAUCCAAGAGCCCAUCUACAUAGCUCACAGCAACAGAAACUCUGCGUACAUGUCUCAGAUGGCCUACUUUGAAGAAGUGUGAUCCUGGCCCUUUAAAAUUGAGGGAGCAGUUGCUGUGACGCUCUGCUUCCUCAGCCCGUUUGGUUAACUUUUACCUGACUGAAGCUAACAGACAGAAACUCUAUGUUCUUUGGAAAGACUUUGAAUCUGUUCUUAAAAAUGAACUAAUAACACUUGUGUGGCUUCCUGCGCAGACUGUUAGAUUAAGUUUUGCCACCUGCAGCACCUACAGCAUGUCAGCAUCUAGAAAGAGUGCAUUAUUGGAUGAGCGCUUCUUCAAGAUAUGUUGCUGAGGAUUGUGCACAAAAGAGUUUUUAUUUCAUGCUUUUUGUUUGGUUUUAAUGAAUACCUAGCUGUAAUGUGGUCAAAUACAGAACUAUGCCUGCUUAAUGUUGAGAUAUCCAUUCGUGCCUUAAAAUACUUUAAGACUGGGAUUGUGUUAAAAAAGAGUUUACGCCUCAACGUUGGCAAAGUUCAGAUCAGUUGUGAUGUCAGCUGCGGUGAAUGUCGUAAACAGGGUUCCUUCCACAGAAGCAAAAUAUUCUUCAAGCAUGGGUUAGAGUUCAUAUUUACCAACUGUUGUUCAGUAACACUCUGAACAUAGACUGUAUGUAAACGAUGGUUUAAUGAAAGAAAUGCCAAAACAAAGGCAACAGAGAAAAACUUUCCACAAGUGAAAAGUUGUUUCACAUUAUUUUAGUCUUUUAAACAUUUUUAAUUUCAUUGGUCGACAUCAGUAAUCUGACUUUAGGCUAACUUAAUGUUCAGUCGCUGUUACUAACAUGAAGUUAUAUUAGCUAAAGAGAAAAAAAUGGGAAGGUUUUUCUUAAUGUAAUAAAUUAGAGUUGAACUGAGAAUGAUAUUUGGCUUUGGUGUUGUUGUAUGUGUUCUUCUUAGGUACUUCUAAGUACUUAAGAAAAAGAAAUCUGCCCGAGUGUACCUGAAGCGCAAAGAAAUGGACAGAAAUAUAAAUUUAUGUACAGAAGAGACUUUGAGCCGCAUUACAAGUCAGGAGACUUUGAAGGGACAGGACAGGCAAGUGGUUUAAUUGACAGAGAUUCAUCAGUUUUUGCCUUUGUUGUGUUUUUGUAGCAGAACGUCACAAAAAGCAGCAUUUGGGUAUUUGGUAUAAAACUGUGGCUGUACCCAUCUUUUAUACACGGUCUAUUGCGAUAUGUAAUGUGAAAAUUGACUUUGUGAAAUGAUCACAAAAAGCAGCAAUUGCAGCUCGUAAAUGAUGUGUGCAGGGUUGACGCAUAGAUGAGACACGAUGUCACAUUCAUUGUUUAGUCUUUGCUUUGGUGGUCCUACGUGUUUCUUUUACGUGGUUUGUGAACUGCCUUCAAUGAAAUCAUCACACAGGAGCCUGUUUAGUUUAAUAGAAAUGUUGUACACAGGUAAAAGCUUGAGCUCUGCCAUUUCAAGGUUUUAUAUUUUGUACUCUAGACUGCUGAUGUGCCUUAAUUUUAUGUUAUUUUUAUUUUAUUUUUUGCUGUUACGCUUUAAGACACUAAGAUUUUAUUUGGUGUCAUUGUGCUUUUUUAUCUUAGUAUUAGGGUGACUUUAACUUUGUGGGUGAUAUCUUUCUUUUAAUUCCUUGACAGAGUGGCAGAUGGAUGGCUUUUUUUUUGUCUUUUCCCCACAUCACGCACUUCUCAGGGUUAGUGUUAAACACCCCACGCCUUCACCGUCACCACCACCAAAGAUGCAGUAUGGUAUCUAACAGUGUUUAAAUUAGAUAGGUUUGAUAAUAAUACGCAUGUAGAAGACUAAUGCAGCGAUCUUUAGACUUCUUUUAUAUUCUCAAAAAAGCAGAGGUUGGAUGUACUCAGA